UGUUUUUUGAUCUUUUUCAUUCUUAUUCCAUGAAGGUCUGUGAAAGAUCUCUUUCUGGUACCGGGGCCGGCCCAAGUGCUGCAGCUGCUACACAGUUUGUAAGAGCCGAGAUGCUUCCAUCUGGAUAUUUAAUUCGGCCAUGUGAGGGUGGAGGGUCAAUUAUUCAUAUUGUUGAUCACCUCAAUCUCAAGGCCUGGAGUGUGCCAGAGGUGCUUCGGCCACUUUAUGAAUCACCAAACAUUAUAGCGCAGAAAAUGACUAUUGCAGCACUGCGAUAUAUCAGGCAGAUAGCUCAGGAGACAAGUGGUGAGAUAGUAUACGGUCUUGGCCGGCAACCAGCUGUUCUACGCACUUUCAGCCAGAGAUUAAGCAGGUAGCUGCCACUAUAUUCUGAGCAUAUUUUGAUUUGUA